AUGCCGUUAUAUAUGAAAAAAAUCAAGGCAAAGGGAGAAAAAGAAAAAGGAUCAGGAGUUGUCUACCUUGGACAUCUUCCCCAUGGAUUUUAUGAAGGCCAACUCAAGAAAUACAUGUCACAGUUUGGAAAAGUGAAAGCUGUGAAGGUUUCCCGUAGUAAUAAGACUGGUAAAAGUAAAGGCUACGCUUUUGUGGAAUUCCAGUCAGAUGAUGUGGCCAGAAUUGUAGCAGACACUAUGAACAAUUACCUGGUGUUUGAAAGACUCAUCAAGUGCCAGUAUAUUCCAUCCGAGAAACUUCAUCCUAAAACAAUGGGCAGAAGAAGUGGCGUGUUUAAGCCACCAAAAGCACAUAUCAUCGCUCGUGAUAGACACAACAACAGGAAAGCCGAGUUCAAACAGGAAAAGUCGAUAAAAAGACUUCUGAAAAAGCAGAAAAAGAGAAGCGACAUGCUGAAGGUGUUAGGGAUUGACCUGAAAAUGAACACUCUUGAGAAAGUUUUAGAAACAGGGAAGCAAAUUAUUGAAGAAAAAGAAAAGGAGAAAUUGACCCAUGAAACAACAGAAACAAAUGUGAAGACACAUGUAAAAUCUAAUGCAAAAACACCGGACUCUGCUAAAAAAUCUAAGUCAGAUUCCAAGUCACCUCUGUCUUCUGCUGAAGCAACACCUAAGGGACCAUCAACACUCUCUAAAGUCACUCCACUGUCCUCCAAGUCAACACCUGUAUCAUCAAAGAAAGCAAAAACACCUAAAGAAGCCCCAGCUGUGAGUGAAGGAAGGCAGCAAACUCCCAAAGGAAAACCUAUAGCAGCAACCCCAGUAACAACAAAGGCAACACCUCCAACAUCUAAGAAAGCAAAAACACCUAAAGGAACCCCAGGUGUAGGCAAAGCCACCCAACAAACACCAAAAGCAACAACAGCAACAUCGAAGGCAACACCUGUACAUAAACUAACACCGAUGCCAAAAAAGAAAAACAGGAAGACAAUUAGUCCUCAGAUCUCACCAAAAGAUCAAAGUAUGGAGAUCUUAAUGGAGGACAGUGAAGAGGAGGACAUUUCAUUUAAAACUCCCCCCAACACCGUACGAUCCUCCAAAACCCCGACCUUAUCCACCUCCGUGAAAAAGAAGCGGCCUCAGUCAGGAAGCAGUAACACUCCAGUCACCGUACGAUCCGACAAAACCCCGACCUUAUCCGCCUCCGCGAAAAAGAAGCGGCCUCAGUCAGGGAGCAGUAACACUCCACUCAGAAAAAUUAAUGAACCACAGAGCAAGAAGAAGAGGAAAAGUUUGGAAUGAAAAAAAAAUUAAUGUCAUAUGAGAAUUGAUAUCCAAUGAAGUUGACUUUCAUGGUGAACUUUUAGAGUUGUUAUUGCACAGUAAGUGGCAUUUAUAUGGGUAUUUUGUUUAUCAUUUUGCAAUAUUCAUGCCAUGAAAAGACUUGUAAUAAAAAUUUUUAU